AAACCUAAUUCCAGUUCCAUUAUAUUGAAUGGUGCAUAAAAUGCGCAUUUUGGUGGCGCACAUCUGGCAACCCUGACUGCCUCAUACACGCAAAUAUGGCGGACGAUAAGGACCCUUUUAGACCGCUGAAGGAUCUAACUCUGCUUAAAGGUCAGCUGGAGGACAUUCGGAGGCGAGUGGAGAGUGAGGUGCAGGAUGGAGGUCCCCAGAAUGGAAGGGUUCUGGGCUCUCCCUUGCUCAAGGGCUUCCUGGCUGGAUAUGUCGUAGCGAAACUGCGUUCGUCAGCCAUCAUGGGCGUCCUCGUAGGAACUUGCACAGGCAUCUACGCUGUGCAGAACUAUAACAUGCCCAACAUCGAGCAGACCAUCAAGGGCUUUUUCAACUCUUUUACAAAAAGCAAAUAGAGACACUGGCAAAGAAUGGGCAAUCUGAAAAUUCCUUCCUGGAAGUACUGCAUCUGGCACAAAUGUACGGUUUUCAAUGUGUAAAACCUUUUAAAGAGACGUUACCAGGUUGCCAUUAUGAAAAGAACAUACACUUGAACUCAGGGCUGAGUUUUCCUAAAUAGAUGUAACUCAAUAAUCAUCAGUUUAUAUAAUAAAUAUAAUUUAUCAUUUUAUGAUUCUCAAGAUUUUCGAACAUUCCAGUCAUUCUCUGUUGAAAUUCGCACUGCAGGCUGGUUGAAUUAUUCACAGCAUCUACCAUGUCACUAGUGUCCAAUUACAGCCCAGUCGGCACUGAUUCGAGCCUCUCCGUGUAGCCGAUGCGGGUGAUGACCAGGCACUUGGUGCUGUGCGCAAGCAUUCCUGCCUUUCUGAUGCUGGAAGCACAUUUGCACAUUAGCCCUACUGGGUGGAUAUGUUGUAUUAAUAAAUGGGAGAUAAAUAAACGUUUUUUGAAAAUAUCAUCAGGGUUCGAAGCGGUUGACUGCUAUGCAGUUGGAUUCAAAUCGCUGACAAUGUAUACGUUUUAUCCAGUGCAAAAAAAAAGUGUUCUGAUUUUAAGUGCCAUUUCAUCUCUUUUUUUCUUUUUCUGUUUUAUAGACCAAUGUGAACACUUUUCUGAUGUUCUGCCCUGUUGUGAAUGUAUUGUUCUUUUUGCCAAAUUGUGUUACAAACUUUUCCGGCAUGUAAUUUCUGCUACAUUUGUGGGUUUUUUUUUUAUAUAUAUAUAUAUAUACAUUAUAAUUUUUUUUGUAAUUUGACCUUAUUCAUAUAAAUAAAUUCAUUUAAAUACUU